AACCCCUCCAUUCCUAUUAUAAAAAAAAAAAAUCGGACCCGAAAACACACAUCCAAAAUAGAGAGAGAAAGAGAGAGAGAGAGAUCAACAAUGGAGGUCGGAGGAGAAGAGGUUACCUCGAGAUCGGAGAUGGAUGAGAUUCCGGCGGGGAUCACGGCGGAGGAGUAUGAGGAGCUGAAGGCCACGAUCGAAGCUCACCACCAGUAUCGCACGGGGCCGGGGAGGUGCUCGUCGUUGCUGGCGCAACGAGUGAAAGCACCGUCGGAGAAGGUCUGGGCUGUGGUUCGUUGCUUUGAUCGGCCCCAGGUUUACAAGCACUUUGUCCGCAGCUGCACAAUCCCUGGCGAUGGCGAGAUCCGUGUUGGAUGUCUUCGAGAAGUCAGCGUGAUCUCUGGCCUGCCGGCGAGCUUCAGCACCGAGCGACUCGAUAUCCUUGACGAUGAGCGUCGGGUCUUCGGUUUCUCGAUCAUCGGCGGCGAGCAUCGGCUCCGUAACUACCGAUCGGUGACGACGGUGACUCAGUUUGGGGGUGGAGAAGGGCGCGAGAUCUGGAGCGUUGUGUUAGAGUCUUACGCCGUUGAUGUGCCGGAAGGGAAUACGGAGGAUGACACCAGGUUGUUCGCCGACACCGUCGUGAAGCUCAAUCUCCAGAAGCUAGCAACGGUGGCGGAGAUGGAAGCGAUGGCGGCGCCGGCGCCGGCGCCGCCCGAGACUUAACGACAAAAAACGGGGUAGCGAUCCCUUUCUCCAGCCUUUUGUGGUUUUUCCUUUUUUUUUUUUUAAUUUUGGAUUUGUGGGGAGAAUAAUUUGGGAUUUAUUGGUGAAGUUACGGAAUUGCCCUUGUUGUAUACUGCCCUUACAAUUGUGAUUCACCUGGGCCUCCGCUCUUGAGGGUAUUUAUGGUAUUUAAACAUAUUUUAAUUUUUCAAUAAACCGCUUUUUCUAA